AACAAUCCUGGCUGUGUCAUUGCAGUGCAGUCGACAGAGCUCUGGUAUGCUGCUCGGCGCUUAGAUUCUCUCUCCAAAGGUUUGAUUUUAAGAGGGUCUGUAGUUUUGGGGUUAGGGUUUAUUUCCUAUUCGGGUUGCACAAAUGGAGUCUCUCAUUGAGAAUAAGUUCAGGCUGGGACGGAAGAUCGGUAGCGGCUUCUUUGGAGAGAUCUAUCUUGGUACGAAUAUUGAGACAAGCGAAAGAGGUUGCGAUUCAGCUGAGGCUCUGGUUCAAGACAAAUCUUAAGCUUUGCAAAAUUUGGUUUGAGAUGGGCGAAUAUGGGAGAAUGAGUUGGUUGGAUUUGGAGAAGAGAAUGAUGGACUGCCCAUAUGCAAAGUGUGGAGUUGGCCGUUCUAUGCUUGUUUCAUCUCAAGGACAUAUGAAGAAAACUUGUGGCAAUAUUCUACGGUUAGGAACUCAUGCUGCAACCAAUGCCACAAAGAAGAGAAAUCAAAUUCCGAUGGAUGAUGAGCAAUCUAAUCCAAAUGAGAACUGUCAUGAACCUGUGAAGAAGGCGCGUGGCAUUACAAAGAAUAAGUUGGGAACUCCUAGUGUGAUCAAUCCAAAACUGAAGAGAGUUCAAAUCCCAAUGGACAAUGAGGAGUGUAUUCCAAAUGAGAAUUCUAACCCUCCUUUAGAUCCAGAACCUGUAAAGAAGACCCGUGGCAUUACAGUAGGGUUGAAAGCUCAUGCUAUUGUUAGUGCGACCAAAAAGAGAAUUUCAAUCAAGAUGGACAAUGAUCAAAAGCUCCCUGAGACAGUUCAAGCCAAUGCUAUGUUUGUUAACGAGAUUGGGUCAUUCACACGCAAAUUAGCUCCACUCAAAUUCAAAUGGUGGAGAAAAGUACCUAAGGAUGCCAAGAAUGACAUCAAAGAGGCUCUGACAGCGAGUUAUAUAAUAUAUCUUUUCUGUUUAGUUCUUGUCUAAUUUAGUAACUUCUUUUUCACUUUAUUGUAGACUAAUUUCGAGUUUGAUUGGACUGACCCGGAGCUGAGGAUAUUUGUGGAGAAGAAGAUGGCCAAGGCAUUUGGAUCUUGGAGAUCCAAGUUGCAUGGACAUUUUAAAAAGUAUGCUCAUGAUUUAGAAUAUGCUCGAGCACACCCACCUGGAGAAAAGCUCUUUGGUGAAAGAUCAAUAGAUGAAUGGGAGUGGCUUUGUGACGAGCUGUUCAUAGAUGAAACCUAUGUGAAACGAAGUCAAGUUAAUGCUGCAAAUCGAAAUCAGAAAGAGUAUAAUCAUUGUGGAGGUUCACGGCCUUACCAAAAACAUAUGGAAGCUGCACUUAAGAAAGGUAAAAAUGUGUCUUUUGUUGAGAAUUGGAGCGCUAUGCAUCAACAUCAUGACGAUCAAUGGAUCAACGAAGCAGCUGAACAAACUGGG